AUGGAGAUUCCAUACAGAAAGAUUGCGAUUUACGUUUUAACUUUCGUAGCCUAUGCAUAUACUGGCAUGGGCUCUAGUAUGUUAAGGAAUUUAAAAGAUGCAGUACUAUCGGCUGAGUCAGUUUUCGGAGAUAUGUUUAAGAAUGUUAUAACAGUAGCUGAAAAAUUCAAGUCGUUGCAUGAAGUUUUUGAUGCAGCAGUAGAAGAGGAAUGCAUAUUUAAUUGCCCUGAAGGAUCUAGACCAGUGCGCAAUAGAAACCACAUCCCUAAAUCAGAUGGCUGUGGAUCUCUUGGCUUUGAAAUUGCAUCAGAAUACUUGCCAUUAGAAGAAAUGACUAAGUGCUGUGAUAGUCACGAUAUUUGCUAUGACACAUGUAAUAGUGGUAAAGAAACCUGUGAUUUGGAUUUUAAGAGGUGCCUCUAUAACUACUGUGACAGUUACAAAACUGUUAAUGUUGCGGGGGACACAAUUACUAAAGGUUGCAAAGCUGCAGCAAAGUUGUUGUUUACGGGAACACUAACACUCGGUUGUAAAUCAUAUCUUGAUGCUCAGAAAAAUGCCUGCUAUUGUCCCCCAGCUAAAAACAAUAAAUAUAAGAAGUAUCCUGGAAGUGGGGACUUAUAA